AUGGCUUUCAUCAUAUUUCUGCUUACCGUUGUUUGCGCCUUGGGCCUCUCUUCUCACAGUCUACGUGAGUUUUACAGGUUCCCCAAUGGUACCUGGGUUGAAAAUAUCGCUGUGCGGCCCAAUGGCAAUAUUCUCGUCGCACUUGUGAAUACACCGGAGCUCUGGGAAAUCAUCCCUUCAGCUCCAUCAGAUUGCAACCCGGCCCAAUUGGUUUACCACUUUGAUGGAGCAGACUCCGUGAAUGGGAUUACGGAGCUUUCACCAGAUACUUAUGCUGUCAUUGCAUCAAACUCUGUAUGGAAGGUCGAUCUAAGUGUUUACGAGAAGGCUUCAGAGCCAAUUCGAAUUGCAACUCUUCCUGCUGGAACCCUGAAUGGUAUGGCUACAUUAGAUGACGAAAGGGUGUCAGUUGCAAUCUCAGAUUCUCAGUUGGGGUUGGUUUGGCGACUCAAUACCCAUACUGGCAACUAUACAGUCAUACAUCAGGAUAUGACAAUGGAACCGAAUGAUGAUCUGGGAUUAAUGCUCGGGAUCAAUGGAUUGAGGAUAGCCAACAGUUACAUGUACUACGACAAUAGCCCUCGGCAGAUCUUCUGUCGUGUUCUUAUUGAUGAAAGUACCGGUGAAGCAUUAGGACCAUAUGAGAUCAUCACCCAUGAUGUUCUCGCUGAUGAUUUUGCCGUUACCUCAGAUGGCGUUGCAUACUUAGCGGGACUUACGAAUAAUGUGGUUAUUAAGGUCUUUCCGAAUGGAUCACACGAGGUUAUAGCGGGCUCACGGGAUUCGACGGAUUUGAUGACUGCCACAUCGGCUGCCUUUGGCAAGCCUGUUAAUGGGCAGAAUAUACUUUAUGUCACCACAGGAGGGGAGUCAGAACACCCCGUCAAUACUACGGAUACUAGAGGAGGAAAGGUCAUGGCCCUGACAAUUGACCUGGAAGGAUGGAUAGGAAGGUUUGAAGGAGCAGGAUAUUGA